AUGCUUGACAAUAGAAAUGCAUAUACACCGAUUCCAUAUGAAAUCCACGACUACUCGACAUAUGCAUCAAUAUAUGCUCCUGAAAACAUCAAGAAAAACGACCCGACAGAUCCAAACUCAAGAUGGUCCACCACCUCAAACGAUCAUCAUCAGUACAUCGUGCUACGUGUUCCGCCAUGCAUUGCUGCAACAUGUACUUUCGGAAAGUACACCAAAAUGCAUGUGUGCAACAUCAAGAAAAUGAAGAUAAGCAUAUCCGAAGAUGGACUUCGGUACAGAGAAGUGUUCUAUGGCGGACUUCGGAACGAUACAGAAAUGGAAACAUUCAACCUCAAGAUUUUGGACGACAUCUACAUGAUUGCAAGGUACAUAAAGAUCGAGCCUCUUGCAGCCUGGGGCAUCAACUUCAACUACUCUUUGUGGUUUGUAGAGCUCAGAGGUAUCACAGAUAUAGACACACUUGCUAACUACAACCAGCAAGUGGUAUUCCAGCGCACACUAAGGCGCUGCCUGGCAUUCUUAAGGGACAAUGGAUUCAGAGACAUAUACAAAGAGUUGGAAAGUAGAUGUGGACAUAAAUCCAAGGGAAGUGCAGCCAAGAAAAUACGUAGUCUUCUUGAGCAGAAUAUGCAUGACGAGGCAGAAGCAUUUAUAGAAUCUUUGGAUCCAUCGGUAUUCCAAGAGUUCAUAGACAACUCUGCAUAUGCUCUUGUGUGGGCUGAGAUACCAAAGAAAGAUGUGUGGCCUUGCGAGCGAGGAGGCCAUCAAAUGGUUGAGAUGGACGGCAGCAUAUAUCUUCAUGGCGGAUGGAACGGAACGCAUGAGCUUGAAGACUUCUGGAAAUACACAAAUGGCACAUGGGAGCAGCUGUCGUCUGGGGUGAUAUGCCCAGGAAGGAGAAGCUGCCAUAGAAUGGUGGCACACAACUCAAAGCUGUACCUGACAGGAAAGUACAUUCCAUUGUCCUCGCGCAAGGAAUGCCCAACAAAAAACAAUCUUUGGGUUUAUAAUGGAGAGUGGCGGCCGGUUGCAGCAUAUGAUGAGCAGGGGCCUGGGAAUAUAUAUGACCACCAGAUGGUUGUUGCAGGGCACAUGCUUUGUGUUUUUGGAGGCAAAUCUACGGAGCGUGAAGACACAUAUUCAGGGCUUUAUGUGCUUUGCCUUGAUACCCAGCCAGUCAUUAGCACUGGAGCAAAUACAACUGAUGCACACAUGGAAAUGCCGAGUCUGUAUGAGUGCAAUGCUUCAAGCUGUGCUGAGCCUGUAGCAAAUGCCGGGCAUAGCAACUGCACCAGCAUGCACAGCAGGGAUAGCAUGAGCAGCAAUGAAUACAACGCAUUGAAUAUGCAUAGUGGGUGGAGAAUGGUACGAUCGGAUGCACAGCAACCUGAAAACACCCCGGCACUGAGGUCAAGAAUGGGGCAUGCAAUGCUGUACAUUCCACAAGAAUAUGUAGAGGGAAGCAUAUACAAUAAUAGCAUUGUGAUUGUUGGUGGGCAGAGGGGCAAGGAGUCUAUCAAGGAAAUGGAGUUCUAUAAGCUUGACACAGACACGGUUUUUGAUCGAGUGAUGUUUCCAAUAAAAGGAGAUGGAAAGGUGGUCCAGCGCAGCUUGCUAUACCAAGGGCAGAUAGUUGUGCUGUUCUGCUACGGAAGAGAUAAGGAAGAUAAGCUUGAAGAGAUGGAAGUGUAUACAUAUUCUCUUUUGAGGAGAGUGUGGACGAAGGUUGUUGAGAAGCCUGGGAUAGAAGGUGGAGUAAAGAUCAAGCCAUCUGUGAGAUCGGCACACCAGUUUGUCGAGUGCAACGGGAGUUUCUAUGUGUUUGGAGGAAAUGUGCCUGAGAAAGGGGACACUCGGAUGAACGACAUAUGGGUAUUCAAUCUUAUGAAGGCAAGCACACAUGAGAUAUGUCAUCUCUGUAAGCUGCUUAUAAGGAAGCACAGGUACCUCUAUCUACUUGGCUGCGAUGAGGAAGCAGCAAUUGAAUAUCUACAGAGUUCUAUAGCAAGCAUGGUGAUUGAUAAUAGCACACGGGAGAUAUUUGAAGAGCUGUGCCAGGAGGUGUAUGAGCGAACGAUGGAUACAAACACUAUUGAGGAUGUAUGCAAGCUGCUACCCGACGAGUGGAAGCAAUAA